ACCACUAACCAGCAAAUUUAUAAGGAUCAAGGCAUGGCGAACAACAGAUCAAUUUCAAAACAUGACUGUCAAAAUUUCCUCCUCGAUGUAGCAGCAAUCGAACUCCUGACCUACGGACGAAACAAAAGGAAAGCAAAGAAUGGUAACCCUGGGCUGUUGUAUAAUUUACAGAUUGGGAAAGCCAAUCUCAAGCAAACAAGAUAAGAGUUUGCUUCAUUUUAUUGCUUUUAGAACACCAGCUAUUAGGGCACAGAUGGAUAGCCAAAUGUAUUUUCAAUUUAGAAGAUCAAAUACCACUAUGAUUUUGCCGGCCAAGGACUUUGUACUGAAAACUCUGAGCCAAGAUAAAUUCCAAAAACUUGUCAAAAGUAGGCACACAUAUCCUAAAUGGCGUAAUCUGGUUGAAAAAGUACUAGCCAGACCAGAGGUGUUGUUGACCGCAUAUGAGAAGCUGAGUGUCAAUUCUAGUACAAAGGUGGAUGAUAUUGUAGCCAGGGCUGCCAAUGAUGGCAUUGAUUGUCUAUGGCUGAAAAAUACUUCAAGACAGCUCAAAGAAGGGAGCUUUGAUGUGAAGGGCUGCUGUGUAGAAGUGAUGCCACUCAGGCGAAAAGGGGAGCCAUUGGUUCUUCCUAAUUUGAAGCUCAAAGUGGUAAUGGAGGCGGUGAGAAUGGCCUUGGAGGCAGUAUAUGAGCCUCGCUUUGUGAAUUUCGCAUAUGGUGGGCGAGUAGGGAUGGGACGACAUACUGCUCUGCGAUACAUCAAGAAUUAUGUGGCUAAUCCAACUUGGUGGUUCACCGUUGCAUUUGAGAAAGAGAAGUUUAAUUCAGAAAGGGUACGGAUACUUGCUUCCAUUUUGGUGAAGAAGAUAGAAGAUAAAUUGCUCGUUGAUCUUAUAUGCAGUUUCUUUCAAGCUAAUGUUUUGAACAUAGAAUUUGGAGGGCUUUCUCUGGGACGGGGUUUCCCUCAAGAAAAUAGUUUGUGUUCAAUUGUAAUUAAUAUUUAUUUGGAUUUCUUUGAUAGAGAGAUUGAGAAUGUUCGGAGAAAAGUUGAUGAAGAAAAUCUAGCGAGAAGGCAUGGGAGUAAGCCAGGAGAUCCUACUUCACCAGAGUUGCUCAGGGAAUGUGUGUUGAAUGACAUUCAAAUGACGGAAUCUAUGUCUUCACUUAGAAUAUGGGUGCAAAAGAAAAGAGUGCAGCAGAAUCCAGAAGGAUUACCCGUCUUCUUUUACAAGCCUAUCAAGGUUUAUGCUUGUCGCUAUCUGGAUGAGAUCCUAAUUGCUUCUUCAGGGUCUAAAGAACUUACACUCGAGCUAAAAAACAAAGUAGUUGAAUUCCUAGAAGGAAAUCUAAAGUUGAGGGUAAAUCAAUCAAAGACAGCCAUACACAAUGCCAUUGAAGAGAAGAUAGAGUUUCUAGGAAUGGAGCUCCAGGCUGUCAGUCACUCUAAAUUAUUUCCUCCAAUGUCAGAUAAAGCAAUUCGAGCUUGGAAGAAACUCAUAAUACGCCGUCAGGCCCGGGCUCAAGAAAAAAGGAAUGCUCAGGAGACCAUCCGUAAACGCACGGGUAUGAAAAUACUCUCACGAGUACUGAGGAAGUUGAGGGAUGGUGAUCUCCGGGACCCUCAGAUACCUAUAGUGCCACAUAUCAACAGAAACUUCAAAGUUUGGGCACAAGAAGUAGUGAAAUCAUUUUUACAGUCAACUGAAGACCGUUGGUCUUGGCACCGACAAUUCACUAGUGGUAGAUUUCUGACUAUUGAGGCAGUUCGUGACCAAUUACCCCAGGAGCUACUGGAUGCCUAUGACCAAUUCCAGGAGAAGCUAGACAAAUAUCUUAACGUUGAUAUAAGAAGCUCAAUUAUAGAAACAGACAGACGAACACAACCAGAGGAUAAAAAUAAUGCACAGCAGACAAUCAAGGAUCUGACAAAAUUAUGUAUAAAAAUUCAUGCACCAAUAGAGUUGGUAAGACAGGCCCUUAGGCUUGGUGGUUUGAUAAACUCCAUGGGACGACCUCAACCUAUAAAGUUACUUAUUCCUCUAGAAGACGAGGAGAUAAUACUAUGGUAUGCUGGCUUGGGAACCAGAUGGCUAAACUAUUUUUGCUGUUGCCAUAAUUUCAAAAUGGUGAAGAAAAUUGUAAAUUAUCACUUGAGGUUUUCUUGUAUACUGACCUUGGCAGAAAAACAUGAAACUACAAAACAUGAAGCCAUAAGGCAUUAUACCAAAGAUCUCAAACUUGCUGAUAUGAAUGGACUUGAGGAAAUACACUUUCCCCUAGAAAACAAGAUAAAAAUGAUGGGUGACCAGAACCUUGCUGAUCCCAAGCCUGUUGAUGGUCUUCUUUGUUUAACAUUUAUCAGAAUGCUUUCUGAUGGAGUCUAUUCAAGAUGUUGGGCUCAAUGCUGUAAUAAGACUGAUAUUGUGUUAUAUCGCAUACGUCUCCUUCAAAUUCGGCAGAAUAUAAACCCAUGUGAUGAAAAAAAGUGGGUUUUUGGAUUGGGUGCCAUUCAUGAAGCUUUAGACAGAAAGUGUCUCCCACUUUGUGCGGAACACAGCAAAUAUUUGUUAUCUGGCCAACUCACACUGCAAGACAUUGACUAUUCAUUUAUUUCAACUUCGUACAAUUUGGCACUGAUGUGAUUCAGGUAUCAUUGUCUCAUAUUUUUCACAUGCCAUCUAACUGGAGACAUGAUUCAGAAAGACCUGUAUAUGAACACAGGCAGCAUACUCUUUAGGGAGUUGAUAAAUCAUCUGUUUUGUUGUCAUGUGCAUUCUUUCAAGCUGUCUGCGGUGUAGCAUUUAGUUUGGUAGGAGGAAAAGGAUGAAAUGAAAAUGCAGGAAACACAUUCCUCUCUGUACCAGCGAUUAAUUUGUGCAAAAUUUAAAUGAGAAGCAUAUAGAAUCUUAUGAAAUACAGGUGAAAGAUCAAAUAUCCGGUCUCUACUGGCAAUGAUAAUGAUCUGUUCUGUUCUUACAACUCGGAAUUGCACAUGAACAUCAAAUUGAUAUGCUACAUCGGAGAUGAAUCUGAAGGUGAUUUUGCAUUCUCAUGCAUUCUUAGUUAGAAGAUCAGGGACAGCUAUAACUGUCUCCAUUCAUCAGUUACCCGGACACUGUGUGUUCUGUAGCUCUUUUUCAUAAGAGGAAACACAUAAAGAUACAUUGAGUCAUUUCAGGUCCAGACAAUUACAUCAUUCUUUAGACUGACUGCUACUGAAACAGGCAAAAAUACCUCUUCUUGGAGUCUCAAGCUGCUUAGUGAAAUGGCAGACAGUGCAUGAGUUCUGCUCGUAAUUAAACUUGGCUAGGCCUUAGAAUGACCGGCAACGGAGCAUGAGAAUUUGAAGAGAUGAUCAGGUUUCUGAUACUAAUUUUUUUAUUGUCUUUAACACCAAAUGGCAAAAGAGCAACAGUUAUGUCCAAGAUAGUGGUAGUAGCAGAGCCAUUGAUCUUCCUAAAUGUUUAUCUACGUAUACAGUCAUGUGUGUACAGGGUAAACAGCUUUAACUAAGAAUUCAUCAGCAAGAGCAUAUUCUUGACUUGUUUUCCAGCCACCGUGAAUAUUCUUUAUCAAGUUUUGGGUUACUUUAACAUUGUAUAUGAGCUAUCUAUCUGUUAGUUUUCACCUCUUUACAUGUAUUAAUCCAAGUUGAGCGGAGUGAUUAGGUGGGUGUUGGGCCUCACAUAGCUUGGCUUUUUUUAUGAAAAUCUGUACAGUGUGAGCAUUAUGAAGUAAUUAAUUAAUGUGUGGUAUUAU